UAAUAAAAAAAACACCUAAAAUGUGACUAAAAGUACUUCAUAUAAAUCUGUCAUUUUGUCGUUUUUCUUGUCAGAGCCUAUCUGUACUGAUUAAAGGUCCAUUGUCUCAACGUUUAUUUCCCAAAGGUUUAUAUUCAAUCUAAAAAUGUAAAGCUACUUUGGCAGAUGUGCGUGCGUUGGAUUGCGGCUAGUGUCGCAGUUGACCAAAACCCAAUGGCCAAAGAGAAACCCCUCUGGUCUUCAAUGCGAGACAACAACGACUUUACGCUUUUUGACUGCUAACGCAUUCCGUUCCAGUAGUCUGUGGAACCAAAGCUCCUAUGGUGGAAGUUCAUUAUCAGCAUACAUUGUGAUCUAGACGUUAAAAGCCAACUUGUGAUUGGCUAUCUUGUGAUUUGCAUUGCAGCAACUUCCAGCACCUUCCCAAGCCGCCACAAGGAGUUUCUAGAGCGCCACGAGGCAAGGUGAUCCAAAUAUUAACCAUCCCAACCCAGAAGCAGGUGUGGUAAAUGGCUGUCUCAGGGCCAGUGGUCUGGUACUAUGUUGGGGUGGAUGUGGGGACAGCCAGUGUGAGGGCUGCUCUGGUCACCAGGGAGGGCCAAGUGAAGACCACUGCAGAGGAGUCUGUCAGCAUCUGGGAGCCUCAGUCCGACCAUUACGUCCAGUCUUCCGCUGACAUCUGGUCUAAGUGUUGUAGAGCAGUCCGGAGAGUUACCCAAGGAGUUCCAAAGAGCCAGGUCAGAGGGGUGGGUUUUGACGCCACCUGUUCCCUUGUGGUCUUGGACCAGAACUUCCGGCCUGUAGCCGUGAACAAGGACGGCAAGGCUGAGAGGAAUGUGGUGAUGUGGAUGGACCACCGUGCUGCCGAGCAGGCUGCCCGCAUCACCACCACUGGCCAUAGGGUCCUGAGCAGGGUUGGGGGGGUGAUGUCACCGGAGAUGCAGCCCCCCAAGCUGCUCUGGCUGAAAGAGAACCUGAGAGAGACCUGCUGGAGGGACGCCGCCCAUUUUUUUGACCUCCCUGACUUUCUGUCCUGGAAGGCCACAGGUUCUCUGGCCAGGUCUUUAUGCACUCUGGUGUGUAAGUGGACAUACUGCCCCACAGAGAAAUGGGAUGACAGCUUUUGGACAGCCAUUGGUCUGGAGGACUUACUGGAAAACAACCAUUCCAAAAUAGGCUCGGUAACCUGCUGUCCUGGGAGCCCAGUGGGAAAAGGCCUCACUCAGGACGCUGCAGCUGAACUGGGGCUGGACCUGGGCACUGCAGUGGGAGCCUCUCUUAUUGAUGCCCAUGCUGGAGGCUUGGGUGUGAUUGGUGCAGAUGUGAGUGGUUCCUCACUGCCUUGUAAGCACCAGCCAAUGACAUCGCGCAUGGCCAUGAUUUGUGGGACAUCAUCCUGUCACAUGGCAAUCAGUCAGGGACCCCUUCAUGUCCCUGGGGUCUGGGGACCCUACCUGUCUGCCAUGGUGCCUGAGAUGUGGCUCAAUGAGGGAGGACAGAGUGCUACUGGAAGACUGAUUGACCAUGUGGUCAAAGGUCAUGCAGCCUUCCCCCAAUUACAGGAGCAUGCUGUGAAAAGUGGGGAACAUGUCUACAACUACCUAAACAGACACCUAUCCUCCAUGUCUGAAGACUCGGGGACUCCCCUGGAUCUUCUGGCCUCCAGCCUCCAUGUCUGGCCAGACUUUCAUGGCAACCGCUCACCCCUGGCUGACCCCACCCUGAGGGGCAUGGUGGUUGGCCUGUCGCUGUCCCGCACCCUGGAUGACCUGGCUUUGCUUUACCUGGCCACUCUACAGGCCCUGGCUCUGGGCACCAGACACAUCCUGGAGGCCAUGACGCAAUCAGGCAAUGACAUCACAACCCUCUUCCUGUGUGGCGGGUUGAGUAAGAAUCCUCUGUAUGUCCAGGUUCAUGCAAACGCCACAGGACUCCCUGUUGUCCUGCCUGCCCAGACAGAGGCUGUGUUGGUGGGAGCAGCUGUCCUGGGAGCCUGUGCCUCCUGUGAUUAUAGCUCUAUACAGGAGGCGAUGGAGAAAAUGGCCAAAGUGGGAAAAGUUGUUCAGCCUGACCACGAGCUCCAGAGCUUUUACAGUAAGAAGCACUCUGUGUUCCUGCGUCUUCAUGUCCACCAGAGGGAGUACAUGGCCCUUAUGAAUGCCUGACAGAACUAGGAGGUUCCGGAAAGAAAAGCUCCAGUUCCAGCGUAUUGCAAUAGCUCUAUAGCAGGCAGUAGUCCCAACAACAAGGAAGAUCAAGCUGAAUGGGAUUUCAG